AUGACUAGCGGUGCCUACGCUCGACCAUCCCUUACACUUAUGAACGCGGUACGAAUGCCUCCACCUCACUUGAGUUCAAGUCAACAGCUUCAACCAAUUUCAAACCCAGGAGCUUCAGUUCCAAUCCCACCUCAUCAACAACAAUCUCAAACGGCAAAGUGGUCAAUUUCGACGAGCUUUGACCCUAGUCAAUGGCAGGCACUUUUUCCACAGGGUCUGCGACUAUCUCCUAGUGUCCCCUGGUGUCCACCUCCUCAAGGGACUCAAUCAAUCUAUACAUCACCUUUCCAGCUGACCCAGCAGAACUUCGAUAUCAGUCAAGCACAACAGUCCCUCUACCAGCCAGCUUAUGUUCUUUCACCACAGGGAAUUCUUGUGCCUGCCCAAGCGCCAUACUUUGUUCCAGUUGCCCAAAAUUCACAAUUACAGCCAAAUAUUCAAUCCCAAUUUCAAGGUGGAAUUUCACCCCAAGGAAUAUUCUUCUCUCAGUCGUGUGCGCCGACAGUUUCCAUUAUCGAUAAUCCAUCGUCAAUAGUCAAUGGUACAUCACAGAGACCGCCAAGUUUUUCAACAACUGAAGAUCCCCCCUCGUCAGUGAAUCAGAAUAUGGAGGCUCCAGCAAACCUAACGUUCUCAGGCGCUGUAAUCUCUUCUCCAAUUGUUACUGAACCCUCGUCACAGCCUUUUCACUACAGUGCGACUACUCCUCAGGAAGAUAUUCAAAAGCCCUCCUCUGAGCGACCAACCAUUCAGCUAAUUGUGAAUACAAAGUUAGGUGAAGAUGUGAUUAAUUUGAAUGAGGUCACAGACUCCGAGUAUGAGUCAUCAGUCUGGGUGAGUCGACGUCAGGUCACUGUCUUAACAGAGGGUGCGGUGGAGCGAGGAGGCAAGUUGAAAAAGGCACUUAAGGGCAGACAGUCAAUGUCUCCUGAAAGACAGCAUCAUGCCUCCAAAGUGAAAGCAGCAAUUCAAGGUGCUCUAAAGGGUGCUAGAAGGAAGAAAAAUGCAGCGGCCUUGACUCCCAAUACACCGGUCACUAUGGGAGGAUCUACAAUUCCUGCUCGUGAUAAAAAGUCAGAAAAAACACGAUUGCAAAACCAUGAACCACAAAUUAACACUGAAACUCAUAUUUGA